UUCGUGUGGUACGUACAUUUGUUUCGAAAAGCUGCGAACUAAAACACUAACGCACAUAAGUACAAUACUGAGAAAUCAAAGAUUAUUAUGUAUCACACAACACUCGGUUGUUAAUAAGUAUCAACCCAUCGAUAAUUAGAGCGUUCUAUUAAACAAAAAUUAAAACUGCAGUUGACCAUUUGCCAUUCUGAGGAUAAGACGGUUUACUCGGUGAAGGUCUAGGAAUAAUAAACUACACAGAAAUUUAGGUUGACAUUGGACUGUCUCCACUAAGAAUCGUUUUUCAUGUGUAAUUACUCGUAUUUAUCAUCAAUUCAAAUUUAACAUAUCAAUAUUACAGUUACCUAUACUCGAAACCAGUAAAGUUGACUUAGCUAGAUUUUCAUCAUUGAAACAGCAUUUUCACAAUGGACAGGAGGCUAAUGAAUAUAAGCAUAUUAGGCUUAGGAUUUAUGUUUGUGUUUACAUCUUUUUUGACCGUGAGCAAUAUCGAGAAAACAGUAUUGAAAAGUAUCGAAAAAGAAGACCCCUCAUUUACUGGCGAUGGGUACACGAGUCUGUGUAUUAUAUAUGGCGUGUUUGCUCUAUGCAGUUGGUUGGCCCCGGCAAUAAUUGGCAUGAUUGGUAGCCGGAAAGCUAUUUACUUGGGAUCUAUAUCUUAUGUAACAUUUUUGAUGCCGUUCUUCUGGCCGUCCAACAUUCUCUUGUACACCAUGUCUGUGUUGCUGGGUUUCGGUGCAUCAAUUAUUUGGACAGGACAGGCUACUUACCUGACUCUGAAUUCGGACGAAAAGACCAUAUCUAGAAAUUCAGGAAUAUUUUGGGCCAUGUCGAAAAUAAGCAUAUGUAUCGGAAAUGUCUUUGUGAUAUUGGUGCUCCGUGACAAGACUGAGUUAAACGAAUCCGUCAGAAUGUUGGUGUUUACUGUGUUGGCAGUAGUGUGUGGUUUUGGUACGGUGAUACUGAUGGUCUUACGCCCGUCCUUGGACGCCAAAGGGAAAGAAAACGAAGUCCAUCUACAGAAAUCAAAUAGUAUUAUUCCGAAACAAAAACUCAAAGAUUCAAUGAGGCUUUUGAUGACUAAAGACAUGCUUUUACUAAGCACAUUGUUUUUGUAUACCGGUCUGCACGUAUCAUUGUACAGUGGUGUAUACAGUUCGUGUAUUGCGUUCACAAAGUCUAUGAGCACUAAUUCCAAACAACUGUUAGGUUACACAGGAAUAUUGGUCGGAGUCGGUGAAGUUACAGGUGGUUUAUUAUGCAGCGUUUUAGGUAAAAAGUCUGCAAGAUCCGAUUUAAAGUUCAGUGGUCUAAGUCGUUCGACCGUAAUAAUUAUCAGUUUUUUCAUCAACAUUGCAGCGUAUGGCUUGAUUUUUAUAAAUCUACCAAAUGAUUCUCCGUUCGGCGAUUCUUACACCAAAUCGUUUAUCAAACCUAAUCAAUACUUGGCUGUAUUUUGCGGUUUCCUCUUGGGUUUAGGAGACAGUGGUUUUACCACGCAAAUAUAUAAUAUCAUCGGAGUGAAAUACUCUGAUAACAGUGCUUCCGCUAUGUCUUUGUUCAUGUUUAUGCAGGCAAUGUCAGCAGCUAUAAGCUUUUUUUACAGUAAUCAGUUUGGACUCUAUAUACAACUUAUCAUAUUGGCAAUCGUAAUGACCAUUGGUACUUUAUCAUUUCUUGUAGUGGACAAAUUUAUUUUCAUUUAAAUAUAAGAAUAAGAAGAAUGAUAAUUUUUAAAUGUAAACACGUUACUCAUGUUUAACGUCAUUAAUAAUAUUAUAAAAUACUUA